UCUCUCAUGGAUUUUAUAUUUUUCUCCAGCUGUGAACAAGAAGGUAUGUACUUAUAUGCUCACCACCAGGCUAAUUGCUUAGCAAUGGUACUGUCUGUGUUUUAGUCCUAUCGAUCGGCUUCAUCAAUUUGAGGGGACUAAAAGGCAGCGACCGCCAUGGAAUCAUACAGUACUGUGGCCUUGGUUGCUUUCUUGCUCGUGAUGAUCAGUUUGAGCUGCUUUGGAAAGGCUGCUGAUCAAAAAGUGUUUGGAGCUUCUUUUAUCUUUGGUGAUUCUCUAGUUGAUGCCGGGAACAAUAACUACUUCCCAACGUUGUCCAAGGCAAAUAUCGCACCUAAUGGAAUUGAUUUUAAAGCUUCUGGAGGAAAGCCUACAGGCCGGUAUACCAACGGGAGAACCAUUGGUGAUAUUGUAGGAGAAGAAUUGGGAGCACCAAACUAUGCUGUCCCAUUUUUGGACCCGAAUUCCACUGCGAAAGAAAAAUUAUCUGGAGUGAAUUAUGCAUCAGGGGGAGGAGGAAUCAUGAAUGCAACUGGAAGAAUAUUUGUUAAUCGGCUUGGAAUGGACAUCCAAAUUGAUUACUUUAACAUCACUAGAAAACAGUUUGAUCAAUCGAUGGGUGCAUCAAAAGCCAGAGAUUACAUAAUGAAGCGAUCCUUCUUUUCAGUCACAAUUGGAGCAAACGAUUUCCUAAACAACUAUCUACUUCCAGUGCUCUCCAUUGGAGCAAGAAUUUCUCAGAGCCCAGAUAGUUUCGUUAAUGACAUGAUCGAGCACCUAAGGGGCCAACUUACUAGGCUUUACCAGCUAGACGCUCGGAAGUUCGUCGUGGGGAACGUUGGGCCGAUAGGCUGCAUACCUUAUCAAAAGACAAUAAAUCAGUUGAACGAAGACGAGUGUGUGGAACUACCUAACAAGCUAGCUGUUCAAUACAAUGCCCGGUUGAAGGAUUUGGUCGCUGAACUAAACGACAACCUCCCUGGAGCCACGUUUGUUCUUGCAAACGUGUAUGAUAUGGUCUUGGAGCUCAUCAUCAAUUAUAAAAAACAUGGAUUUACAACUGCAAGUAAAGCAUGUUGUGGAAAUGGGGGCCAGUUUGCGGGGAUAAUACCGUGCGGGCCUACGUCUAGUAUGUGCUCGGACCGCGAUAAGCAUGUGUUCUGGGAUCCUUAUCAUCCGAGCGAGGCUGCCAACCUUAUAAUUGCCAAGCAAUUGCUCGAUGGAGACACAAAAGUCAUCUCCCCUAUGAAUCUCAGACAACUUCGAGAUCACUGAUUUUCAUUUCCAUGAAACAGUUCAUGUAGUGGGUGUUCGAAAUAUUUAUCCUUAAUCGAUCAAGUGGAUGUUUCUUAGGUUUUCCAUUUCAAAGGAUUUCUUUCUGUUAGAAGAUAUGAAGGGCUAGAAUAUAUAAAAAGUAUAAUAUACUUUCCAUAUAUUCCAUAUUUGAUUGGUAUUGUAAUAUUUCAUAUUUAUAGUGUGUCGUAAUCAAAUCAUGGGGAUCUAAUUACCAUAUUUGAUGAGGAUUUGAUUACCAUAUUUGUAUUCAUUUUAAACUCUAUAAAUAGGGAUUUUUGUAUUGUAAAAGAUUAAGCAAGAAAAUGCAAUGAAAUAAAGAAGCACAAUGUAGUUUAUUAUAA